CCAUCAUUGGUGUCAGUGGGAGGAAUAGUGCCCCAUCAUUGGUGUCAGUGGGAAGAAUUGUGCCCCAUUAUUGGUGUCAGAGGGAGGAAUAGUGUCCCAUCAUUGGUGUCAGUGGGAGGAAUAGUGCCCCAUCAUUGGUGUCAGUGGGAGGAAUCGUGCCCCAUCAUUAAUGUCAGUGGGAGGAAUAGUGCCCCAUCAUUGGUGUCACUGGGAAGAAACAUGCCCCAUCAUUGGUGUCAGUAGGAGGAAUAGUGCCCCAUCAUUGGUGUCAGUGGGAAGAAUCGUGCCCCAUCAUUGGUGUCAGUGGAAGGAAUAGUGCCCCAUCAUUGGUGUCAGUGGGAGGAAUAGUGCCACAUCAUUGGUGUCAGUGGGAGGAAUAGUGUCCCAUCAUUGGUGUCAGUGGGAAGACUAGUGCCCCAUCUUUGGUGUCAGUGGGAGGAAUAGCACGUCAUUGGUGUCAGUGGGGGGGAAUAGUGCCCCGUCAUUGGUGUCAGUGGGGGGAUAGUACCCCAACAUUGGUGUCAGUGGGGGGGAUAGUACCCCAUCAUUGGUGUCAGUGGGGAAAGGAAUAG